UGUUCGGGUUCGUCAUUCUAAAUCGACGACUUGAUGCAGACGGCUGCACGGCACGGAUCAACCGGAGAAUUACCGCAAUCGGAGUGUGUCGUUCCCAAGAAUUGUGUGUGUGCAACUGGCACAAAUACUGUGUGUGAAGCGGCCUCCUUAAAGUGUGUCCAAAAACGCGUUAAUCAUUUGUCUGUAAUACGAAACUAGUUUCCAGUUCAGCGUUUCAAGCAUAAUUAAUUGUGGCGACAUUUUCACUGGACAAACUCUUUGGCGACUUAAGCUGCGAGUGCAAGUCCAAUUUAUGGAAUUGAGCAACAUGUCAGAGGCAACCAACUUUUAUAAUGUUAUCGAAGUGACCACCAACAGAUCAGCGACAACAGCCACAAAUCAUGAUCUGUACAAGAUUCGCAAACGUUUGAUUCUCUCACUAAUUACGAUGAUCAUAGGUGUGAUUGGCAAUUUGCUGGCAUUGAUUAUUUUGGCGCGUAAAAAGCAUAACAAAAACAGUAAAUACACGUACAUGUUGCGCUGCUUGGCGACAAAUGAUCUGGUGGGCCUGUCGGGAAUGGUGGCCGCAACCCUGCUCAAGUUAAACUUUCACGACGGCAACGAGUCUCAGUUUCUUGUGAAACUCGACUGUGUUGGACAUGUUGUGUGGCGAUUCUUUGGCGUCGGCUCCGGCUGUAUUGCCGCUGUGAUGGCUGCCGAACGUUGCAUGGCUUUGGCUCGACCUUUCAUCUAUCACAAGCACAUAACUUAUGAGCUAAUCCAAAAGUGCGUCGUCAGCAUCCUGGUGGUUGCUGCAAUCGUCACGUUUCUGCCAUUCGUUGGUUUUGGCGCCUACGUGGAUGAGUCGAAUCCGGAGAAAGUGGUGUGCAAACGUUAUCGGGAUGUGCCUGGAACUAUAAACCGGGCCUAUUCCAUCUUCUUUAUGGCUUUCGGCAGUCUGCUUGUCGUUGUCAUUGUCGCCUGCAAUUUGUUUGUGGCCCGCGUGCUUUGGAUAAUCGGACGCAGUCGCAGCCCCGAGCGCAACAUGCAAUAUAAUCUCGUCGAUCGGGAGAAGAGCGUGCGCAGCAUCGAUGCGGAGAGCAGCAGUGGCACAACACUCUAUCAGAGCCAGUACACCCACAACAGCAGCAACUACAACAUGCCACCGCCAAGGCAAUUCCAUCACAGCAACAGUGUCACAAUGCAGUCGGCGACAUCGCCGCACGAGAUCAAGUUUGCCAAGCUAAUGGCAAUUCUCAGCAUCUCCUUUGUCGUCUGCUGGAUGCCACAAAUGAUUGCCAUACCCUUGGCCAUCAAGGAGCAACGCUUGCGUCCGGAUCAUCCAUUCUUUCUAAUCGCCGACGUGCUGAUGGCCUUGCAUUUCACAUUGGAUCCAUACAUUUAUGUGCUGAGCCGAGCCAAGGGCAUCAAUUGGUCGCUGGUCAGCUGCAUCAAGCGCUUGCGCUUUGGCUGGCGAGGAGGUCGUCGCCUGCAGCGAUCCCAAAGCGAACACACACAAAUACGCACCACGACCACUGAGCAGAACACGCUCGACUUUUAGAUGGUCAACUGCGACAUCGGGUCGCCCAUUUUCCUUGUACCAGAGUACUUACACAGAUAUUUAUAUACGCAGCAUAGUUAUGUAAUUGGAUGACGCGCAUCUCAGCAAUGGGACACAUUCCCUCAGUCGGCAGACAAUUGACAAGGAUCUGACUCGACUGUCUCCUGUCUCUAAUAUUUAUUAUUUGUAAGCUAUCAUUAAAAUCCCACUAUCAUAUCAGGUCUGAAACAUAUAAUUAGUGAGCAUAAUCUCCACGGCGUUCUCAUUAUCUCAAAACCCAGACACGAAUUGUACAAUAAAUAAUUGCAUAAUUACAUUUUAAUAAAUAGUGUUUAGAAA